AUGCCGAGGAUUGAACCUAGGGGUCCCACCGAUGCCACCGUUGUGGUAGUAAGAGAUAGCGACAUUUUCUCGCUCUUUUUGUCUGACCACAUGCUAGCAAAGAUUGUUUUGCGUUCCAAUGAUCUACUUGCCCAUUUGAGGAGUAAUUAUCAUCAUAAGGGCAAUGUUGCCCUCAGGGACAUGGACCUGAGGGAACUGAAGGCGUUCAUUGGGAUCCUGAUAAUGUCGUCAGUAAGGUCAGACAAUCACACCACAAUGAGUGACAUGUGGGACCUUCCAGAGGGCAAUCGUUUGUACCGGUGUACAAUGAGCGAGCGUCAUUUCACCCUGCUGAUGAGAGUUCUUCGGUUCAACCAUUCAGCCACCAGAGUGGAGAGGGUGAGGACAGAUCACCUUGCCCCAAAUCAGAAACUCUUCAACCAUGUGGUGGCUAAUUGUCAGAAGAAGUACUCCCCAGGGCCUCAUCUCACCGUUGAGGAACAGCUUAUCCCAUUUAGGGGCCGCUGUCCCUUUAGGAUGUACAUUCAAAGUAAGCAAGCCAGCUGCUCAGUCGCUCUCUUCAGUCUUCACUAA